AUGGAUAGAGGUUGGGAUCCUCAUCUUCAGAAAAUUAUGAAUAGUGCAAUUGGCAAUACAUCUGGUAGUGUACCUCGUCAUGAAGAUGGAAAAGAUCCAGGGUUUUCUACAAGCUUCUUCGCGGGUAAAGACUCUCAGCAGUUACCCCCAGAAUCAGGAUUUGCCUUUGGACCAUCUCCAAUGCAACAUACUCAACAAAUUACCGGUUCAUACGGCCAGGAUUUGAAUGUGCGAGGUCACUAUAACAGCAUUGAACAUAACCAAUCGACUGGAUAUUUGAUGGCACCAAGAGAGGAACCAACUUCUGCGGGUUUUACUUUUGCUCCGGGGCCAAGGCAGCCAGGGCAAAGGAUGUCGCCUCUUGGUCAAAAUACAGAUGCGCGAGCUUCGUAUGAUAUUCCGGGACAUGAUCCACUUCAGGGGUACUUGAGUCGUCCUUCAUUUGAGUUCUCUCAAUCUAUGCAAAGACUCGGUGCAUAUUCUACGACUGGUAUUGGUAAUGGGCAAGGUCGCUUAUCCCUUCCUAGAUUUCCUUCUCAUGUUGGUGGUCAAGCAGAAUCCAAGGCUCCCGUUGAACGAAAGGAACCGAGGGGUCUGGCCAGUACAGACAAUCACUUCAAACAGCAGAUCUUGCAGGAUAUCGAGUUGAAAACUAAGUCGACAAAUAGACCAGCACAUCUUUCGAAUUCCGGUGUUGGUGAAGGGCAGAGUCCUCUUACUCAGCUUGCCAAUAAUAUGAUCUCGCAGACGUCAAUGGUGAUGCCUCGACCUAUUGGACUUAGUCCUUCGAAACAGAACAUUUUUCAGACUCAGUUGGAGAGACCACAGCAGUUUCAGCAGCAGAACCAACAGGUUUUUACACCACCGUCUACUAGAAUGGACUUGAGUGCCUUCGCCUACAGACCUCGUGAACGCACAGAUACAACCAUAAACUCUUCUCCUUCUGAACUUUCAGUCUCGAGUCCUAGUGCUAGAGUCAGUUCAUGUCGAAAUUCGAAUCGCCGUUUACCUCCGCAAAAUACAAAAGAAACAGGGCAGGGGCUCGAACACCAGUAUACAACUCCACAUAAACCUCAGAAUCAGGUUUCACCUAGUGAUAGAUAUGCUCUAUCAUCGAGAGUCUCUCAAGCGCGGGAGAUGGGUCAUGGUGUAGAGCAUUCGGGUUUCUCGCCCGCCCAGACGUACUCUGGUAAUGCUGGACAAUUUAAAAAUGACCAUCAGAUUAUUCCCUUUGGAAAUGGACCACUAAUGGCACACGGAAUUCAGCUCGUCUCCCCUCAUGAACUUCCGGAUCGAUUUCGUCAAGUUUUCCCAUACGAACUCUUCAAUGCUGUACAAUCCAAAUGUUUUGCACCAAUCUAUAAGACCAAUAAUAAUAUUGUUGUCUCUGCUCCUACUGGAAGUGGUAAGACGGCUCUUCUGGAACUUGCUAUUUGUAAGCUAGUUGAAAGCUAUGGCUCUGGACAGUUCAAGAUCGUCUAUCAAGCACCAAUCAAAUCUCUCUGUUCGGAACGUAUGAGGGAUUGGACCAAGAAGUUUAGUCAUUUGAAUCUACCUGUUGCGGAGCUUACUGGUGAUACUAGCAAUGCCGAAAUGAGUCGAGUAGGGAACGCAUCGAUCAUUAUUACUACACCUGAGAAAUGGGAUAGUAUUACACGAAAAUGGACAGAUUAUCAAAAGCUUUUGCAGUUGGUGAAACUUUUCUUGAUUGAUGAGGUUCAUAUCCUUAAGGAUGCUAGAGGGGCUACUCUUGAGGCUGUAGUUUCUCGGAUGCAUUCUAUUGGAGCUAGUGUUCGUUUUGUUGCUUUGAGUGCUACUGUUCCUAAUGCACAUGAUAUUGCCACUUGGCUUGGAAGGGAUUCAAGUAGUCGACAAUUACCUGCUCAUCGAGAAACAUUCGGUGAAGAAUUUCGACCUGUCAAGUUACGGAAACAUGUUCAUGGAUACGAAAGUCGUGCAAAUGAUUUUGCUUUCGAGAAGAUCCUUGAUGGCAAGUUGCCAGCUUUGAUUCAAAAGUACUCUUGCAAGAAGCCUAUUAUGGUUUUUUGUUUCACAAGAAAAUCAUGCGAGGGUACAGCAGCUAUUCUAGCAGAACAUUGGACUCGACAAAGAGUUGUUGACCGUGCUUGGCCAGCACCAACUAUUCGAACAGUGGUAGGAAGUAAAGAUCUACAAGAGUUGGUUGGAUGUGGUGUUGCUUAUCAUCAUGCAGGUCUUGAUGCGCAGGAUAGAUGUGCUAUUGAAACAGCAUAUCUGAAAGGAGAUAUUAGUGUCAUAUGUUGUACUUCGACAUUAGCUGUUGGAGUCAAUUUACCUUGUCAUCUUGUGGUUCUUAAGGGGACAGUUUGCUUUCAAGAUAGUGGGCUUGUUGAAUAUUCCGACCUCGAGGUUAUGCAAAUGUUGGGUCGUGCUGGAAGACCUCAAUUUGAUGAUAGUGCUAUUGCAAUCAUUAUGACUCGGAUGGAGAAGGCCGAUCGAUACAAAAAGAUGAUUUCGGGUCAGGAUAUCUUGGAGAGUACGCUACACUUGAAUCUUAUUGAACAUCUCAACUCAGAAAUCGGACUUCGCACCAUCAAGACUGCUUACGAAGCCAAAGUUUGUAGAGACGCGGAUGAGCAGCUCGAAUUGGUUUGUGAGAGAGAUAUUAAACUCCUUCAAGAAUAUGAGCUCGUCACAAAGGAGGAAAAUUUCUCGUGCACAGAUUACGGUGCUGCUAUGAGUCGAUACAUGGUCCAGUUUGAGACGAUGAAACUAUUAUUGAGUAUUCCUCGUCAUUCGAAGACGGAAGUAAUCUUGAGUACCAUAUGCCAAGCAGCAGAAUUCAAAGACCUUCGAAUGAAGCCGAAUGAACGAUCAAGUCUUCGAGAAUUUAACAAAUCUCCCAUGAUGAAGUUUCCAAUCAAGGAGAACAUAUCGACAACAGGUCAUAAAAUCUUUCUCAUGAUUCAAGUACAACUAGGUGGUAUUGAACCAUUAACGAACAACGACUUUCGAGUCAUUAGCCGACAAUUCGCGAUGGAGACUAAUAUCAUACUUGAACGAUUUCAACGCUUGAUUCGAUGUGUUGUUGAUUGUAAAGCUGUGGAUUGUGAUUCAAUCUCUGUACGUUGUGCUCUUGACCUUUCUAGGAGUGUUGCAGCGGGUUACUGGGAGAACUCAUCUUUACAGUUGAGACAAGUUCCCCAAAUAGGACCAGCAUCUCUACGGAAAUUGGCUGGGAAUAAUGUCAAUACGGUUGAGAAGCUUGCUGGGCUUGAUACGGCAGGAAUUGAGAGAGUUAUGGGGAAAAAUCCUCCAUUUGGGAAGAAGAUGAAGGAUAAUUUGAUUGGAUUUCCUCAAUUGACUGUCACUGCUCAAAUUGUUGGAAGAGCUUUUUCACAAGCAGGAAAGCAACCAAAAGUUAAAGUCAAUGCUGUACUUGGGUAUGCGAAUCCAAACGUACCGAACUGGUCUGAUGUCGAAUGGUGGGUUCUAGACAAGAGUUUUCCUGUUGAAAUUUCAUCACCGGAUGAUGAGAUCAAAUGUUGGCUUUCAUGCGAUGAGAUUGUAGGUACUCUGAAAUCUUGCGUUCUACAGCACCAUGUUCCCGCAUCCGAGUUUCCUGCUCCGAAAGUUAUGCUUGAGCGACCGAGCAUAAAGAAGUCUAAGCCUGAAGAUAUGGGAACUUCUGAUGAAUUCGAUGAUGGUAUUGAUGACGAUUCUAUGCUCGCAGUAGCUAAGCAAAUGGAAGGUGGACGUCGAGCUUCUAGUGAUUAUGGCUCGGAUGCUUUUGUCGAUAUUGAUACAGUUGGUCUAGGCGACUCCAAAGAGAAUAAGAAAGUCAAAGAAGACAUCAUCGAACUAGAGCCUGUGAAGAUGGAAAAUGGGAAAUGGGCUUGUAAUCAUCAUUGCCGUGAUGGAAAUCCUUUGAAAAAUGGUCAAAUCUGUAAGCACAGGUGUUGUAGGGAAGGCUUGGAUAAACCUAGAAAGAUCACGAGAAAGAAGUCUUCUACUGGAAUUACGGAAUCCCAAGCUUCGAAGAUUGAUGAUAGGAUUAAGGGAACUGUGACCAAGUCCAAUAUGAGCAAUACUCAACCUUCCGGUAGCAAACAGCUCUCGAAGUUGACCAAGAGACCUAAGAUUAUGCAUUCUUUGGGUCCAAGUUCGGAUCAAGACAGUGUUGAAGUAAUCGAUCUUUCGACAAUUUUGCCUCCAGUAACAUAUCCCGAUGUUGCACCUAGAGAUUAUCGGAAAUUACAUAAUUUGCAUACAAGUAUUCAAAAAGAUACAUCUGUUCGACUUCCAAAAGGCCAACCCAAAUUCUCUUAUACAAGUGGACGAAUGCCAAAUCUUUUAUUCAUGGAUGCGGAUGGCUCUAAGGACGAGCAAAAAAAUGAAUCGGAACAUUUUGAUUCCGAUGAGUAUGAAUUUCCUUCCCCUUCUGCUCUUUUAAGCAGUGAAAAGCAAGCGUCUAAAGGUGUCUCUGUCUCUGCAACUCAGUUACCACCUCCAGCUAUGAGUAUGAAUAUCUCUAGGCAACAUAGAAAUGAGCAACAAACUCUUUCAGAUGACCCAUUUGAAGAUUCAUCUGGUAGUCUCGAAGCUGCGAUGAUAGGUUUGGAUGAUUCUAUCAACCUUCAAACUGCCCUGGCUACCUCAAAUGCCCCAACUGCUCCGGCUACUCCCAAACUCAAUACAAGCUUCGCUAAUAAUGUGUUUGAUUUUGCGGCAUUUAAUUCUGAGGAAGUCAAUGAGCAACAAUUUUCUAGUCCAUUGAUGAGUCAGAUGCAAAGAAAAUACCAAGAGGGAGAGCAUGAUGAGAUGGAUAGUAUGGAUAUUGAAAUGUCAUCUACAAAGCGUCAGCAGUCAAGCCCUUGGAUGAAGGAUUUCCAAAAUGGUAAUAUGAUGGGAUAUGAGCAGUGGGGUGAAAAUGAGAACGAGGAUUAUGAUGGUCCGGUAUUACCUCAGAUGAAAAGAAGAAGAAUCGAUGUAGAAGAUGAGGAUGAGGAUCAUGGAGGUAUGGAAAGCAAGGGAAAGGAUUCAGAGGACGCUAUAAAAUCUACUAGUGGAAGUAGUGCUACAGCAUGGAUCAAUGUGAUGGGCUCUGGAAUCAUGGGAUCAGAUACAGGGAAUAGCGGGGAUAAUGAGCAGAGUGGAAAUGUGAAGGCCGACGUCCGUCAAGAACCUGCUUGGGUAGGUGAAAUGGAUCCAGAUUUCAUUGAUAUGUUUAGAGGAUAUGUUGAUUUUGUUGAAUGA